UUCGACCACCACGUGGGCGUUUCGGCUGUCGGUCGGUCGUCCGUCAUCGCCGUCCGUUCAGACAGAGGCGGAACAUGAAGGAGCGAACGUGAAGCGGGAGUAACGCACGGCGCGUUCCAGAAUGUGAAGCCUGUUCCCCAAACGGUGCCGUCAGCAGCUCUCAUCAGCAUCAUGGCUCGUUUCUCCGGCAAACACUUGCUGUGCGCGUGGCUGCUGUUCCUGCCGCUGUCCUGGGCAGAAGACACGAAGAGAGACGUGACGAAGACCGACGGUGACGCAGUCUGGAGCCAAGUGAAGACGAGGCAGCUGUUUGCGAGACGGAAGAGCGCUCCGCCGCAGGAAAGCCACAAUGCCAGACACAGGUCGGAGCUCGCGAGCCCCGCGCGCCGCUGCGGCCGCCUGAUGGAGAACUGCUCGUCGCACGUGCCGUGCUGCGACCCGUGCGCCUCCUGCCGCUGUCGCCUCUUCAACACCAUCUGCCACUGCUGGAGGAUGAACCCCCUGUGCUUGAAGCGGACGUAGAGACGGCGCGCGCACAUGUGAGAGCGCGAGCGGGAGACUAGAAACGUGUGCAAACGGAGACGCUGCGUAGGAAAACGAAUGUUUUCUAAGAAGUAUUCAUUUUGGUGAAUUUAAAGUUAGUUUAUUGUUACGCCCGAAUAAAUCCAUUGUAUGCACUGUAUGUAAAACUUUAAUGUGUAAAUAGGAAGCAAAUGAAACAAAGGCAAAAAAACAUGUAGUUAUUUUAAAAAUGUUUUGUGGCAAAUGAUAAAAGGAUCAUGAAAAAGCUUUUUAAUCUUUUCUAUGAGGUUUAUGUGACAAACGUGCAGUUUCUGAACUGCAGCAGCAACUGUGUAUCCAGAUCGAGCAGACGCUGAUGUGACGUUAUCCUGUGUGAAUUUCAAAAUAAAGCACUUUUGUAUCCUC